AUGAACUCGUUCGAAGAAUACGAAAGGAAAAUCGUAACUGAGUUUUGUCAACUGCUGGAGAAGUCAAGGCAGCAUUUUAACAGCUUAAGGGAGCUACCGCAAUAUGGCCUUAAACAAUGGCAUUCAUAUUUUGGACAAACGUUCGACGUUUACACAAAACUGUGGAAAUUCCAACAACAGCAUCGAGGCAUUCUGAACAGCAAAUACGGAUUGCAACGUUGGCAAAUUGGAGAAAUAGCAUCGAAAAUCGGACAACUCUACUAUCACUUUUACCUACGCUCAAGCGAUACUGGAUACCUCAAUGAAGCAUUUUCCUUUUACUCCGCAAUACGUGCCCGCAGCUACUACACACAGGCCUGCAAAGAAGAUAAGUGCGAUCUAAUGAUAAAAAAAUUGCGCUACUACGCGCGCUUCAUUGUGGUCUGCCUCCUACUCAAAAAACUGAAUGUGGUACGAGAUCUGAGUAAAGAACUGGAAAAACAGGUCAUUGAGUAUGGUAAGACAUAUGACCCAGAAGAUCAAAAAGAAUGGACAGAUGUAUUGGAUGAAGUUAAAGCUUUUAUCAUCGCUGAAUCUGUGGUAUCUGUUAUUCAUCCUGAAAACUAUACCGUUGUACUAUCCCACAGAUUAAAUAAAAUGUGCGUUCCGCCUCCAGAAAGGCUAACACAAACAUCUAUAUCCCUACAAGAAGCUAUCAUAGUUGGCAGUAUCUCACAACAAGUGAAGUACUCUGAACUCACAAUGGACAUGUUCCGAAUACUGCAAACACUAGAGUGGGAACUAACAGGUGAAACGCCUAAAGUUUACCCCGAAUCCAUGCCACAGAUUAAUAAAGGACAUAACUCGGAUCUGCCGCAUCGCGUGAAUCCCUGCAAAUCCCUGCUAUUUAAGCCAUCGGCAGCGCAGAUCCUGGUAUACCUUGCUAGUGGCUGUUACGACCUGCCACCCAAUGGAGCUCUACUCCUCUACAUAUCUGCUGAUGCUCUGAUAGUUCAGUCUUCAAAAUACCCAGAAGAUGUUGGUUACGACAUCGGCGGCCUUAAAACCAACGUGAAGACCGAAAUAUAUAGAGACAGGGAUAGAGAGAGGGAGAGAGAAUGGGAGAGGGAAAGGGAAAGGGAAAGGGAUAGGGAUAGGGAUAGGGAUAGGGAUAGAGAAAGGGAAAGGCAAAGGGAAAGGGGAAGGGGAAAGGGAAGGGAAAGGGAUAGGGAAAGGGAUAGGGAUAGGGAAAAGGAAAGAGACACAGAUAGAGGAAAAGACAGAGACCACUCCCGGGAUUCAAAAUCUGGUACAUCAAAGUUUAAAGAGCAAGAGUGCAUCCAUCCAGGUGACCUAUAUCCUUUCACCCGCUGUCCGCUCUUUAUCAUAAUUGAUUCUGACAACUCGUACAUUUUUCAAAACAUUCCUCGACGUUUCGGACAGCCAUUAAUAGUGCUGAUGUCGCCACUGGACGUACCGACUACAUUCCCAAGCGACCACAGGAAGGAGGGGAGCUUAUUUACACUGUUUCUUCAUUCUCCACUCUCCGCCUUCUGCUACAGCUGCGAUAUUAAGAACAUAUCGCUCAUUCAAUGGGAACACGCGCAGAGUUACAUAGAAACCUUCCAUAUAGAAACAUCUCACAUCAUGCUUAGACACAAGAUUGAUCCAGGAUUCAUUGCCUUUAUGGCUGACGAUUUCUUGCGGCUCCUGUUGCUUCGAUAUAUAUUCUGUGAGGUGACGCUGCGAAUGCACCGUGGGUUCCGAGCCAGAACUCACCUUCCACGUUCAUCGCCCCCGCUACCAGAUGACUUGCUUGAACAUCCAACGCUCGUUCAUAUUGUUAUGGAUCUAGCUGCACAGUUUCAGCAUGCACGGUCAAUAUGCAGCCUGAAACUACCUCAAGAUAAGGAAAACAAUCUUCCACCUGUACCGCUAAAGACAUACCAAUGGGAAGACUUGAGGAGAGCGCGUGAAGCUGGAGGUUAUCCUUGGACGCAUUUCCUCAAACCACCUUUAGAAGGAGAAAUAACAGCUGAAGACAUUAUAAGAGCUACUACCCCUAGAAGGAGUAUGUCUCGUGAAUUCUCCAAAUCACGAACUCAGUCACCAGCUGAUGGAGAAACUCAGAGAAUCUUGAAUCUCGAUUCAUCUCCAGGUAGUAGUAGAAAACAUGGUGAAGAAGGUGAGGAUGAGGGAGUUCACAUCCCUAAUUUUUCGAAAGAAAUUUCAUUGGACUCAGAGGAUGAUCCUUUGAAUCAAACCCAAAACACGAGUAUAAUUAAAAGACCAGACAGUCAGUCAAGCACGCAUUUAGCGACACCAAUCGAUAUACAGAAAAAUGUUUCUCCAAAAGGUAUUUUAAAACGCCGUGCUCAAGAACAGCAAUAUAACAUUGGUGUUACUGAAACGCGUGAAAAAACAAAAUGUUGUCAUCCGUUGGUAAACAAAAUAAAACACUUAGCCGAUAAAACAUUACACAAGCUAGAAAAAAAUGAUUGUGAACAAUCACCGAUAUCGAAGAGAAAGAAAAAAGAGGAAGUUCAAGAAAUAAGACAGUUAAAGUCUUCCCCUGGAGCUGUCCGCAGACAAAAAUUCAGUGCAAUUAAACUAGGAGAUUCUGAUGAAAUGAGUAAAACAAUGAGCGUAGAUACACCACCGCCUAGAAAAAAGAAAGAACAUAUUUAUGAAGACAUUGAAGAAUCAAAAUCUCAAAAUAGUGAAAAAAUUUCAUUCACGGAAAAAAACGGUAUCAAAAAAGAAAGUGCCGGAGUUAAACUAAAUAAUGAAAACGAGUAUUUAGCAGAAAAAAAGUCAAUUACAUCCCAGGACCCCAGUUUAGUUAUAGAGGAUAGCUCUUUAAAUCCUAAUGUAGAAUACAUUAUGGAAAAAUUACAUAAAAAAGAUGACAGUAAUAAAGAAGCAGUAUUAUUGGAUGACAUUGAUACUGAAGAACCUAACUUUGAUGAAAUAUUUCAAGAACAGUUAGAAGGAAGUAGACCACCCAAUGACUCUCCGAACAUUACUAUAACUGAAAUCACAGAGGAAAACCUUGAUAAUAAUAUUGAACAGUGCAAUACAAUACCUAUCUUAUCAUCACCGAGCCCUAGUCCUCGAGAAUUUCAACAGAAACGGAAAGAAGUCGAAGUUUUUGACAACGAAUGGUCUAAACCUAGCAGUGAUCACGAAUAUGAAAUCAUAGAAAAGCCACCUCCAAAUAUAACAUAUACAGCCCCUGGCAUUGAGGAGAAGUCGACUAUGGUAAAAACUGACGACGAGCUAUCAAGUACAACUUCAUUAGAACGAAAAUAUUUGCAACAUACGUCCGAUGAAGAGGAACAAAUAGAUGAUAAGGAAAAUGACGAGAAAAGUGAGGACAUUAUUAAUGCCGAAACAUUACAAAAAAAUAUAGAAGAACGGUUUUUUGUUAAUACACCAUCUACGGCUUCAAGAACAGAAUGCGAAAUAAGCACAAGUCAGGUGGAUUCAUCAGCUUUAGAAAAGUUGCCAUUGCAACGUAGUAAUCGAUCGAAAAAUACCGACAAUGUAGAUAAAAAACUUCAGGAGCGUAUUAAAGAAGGAACUGGUAAACUUAAAACGCAAGCAGGUAAACUAAAGUCAAAAAUACAAAAUAUGAAAACGAAACAGUUCACAAUGCCGGACAGGCCGAAAUUUAGUCUUCCAGAGCGCUCGAAGUUUAAAAUGCCUGAUCGACCGAAAAUCAGUUUUCCCGAAAGGUCGAAAUUUACGCUUCCUGACCGAAGAAAAUUUAGCCUACCUGAAAGACCAAAAUUCAAAAAAAUUAAUUUUUCUGAAAAGUUUACAAGUGGAGAUCGGAAAAAAAUUACGUUUCCAAACAGACCUAAGUUCAAUGUACCCGACCUUUCCAAAAUAAAAAUGCCGGAGAGACCUAAAAUAAAUUUCCCAAGUUUAGGUAGAAAGAAAGAAUACAAAAUUGAAACAGAUGUUACAGAAUCCAGUUCUGAUAUGCAAAAUGUGGCAACGGUAGACUUUGAAGCAAAAACUUAUCCAAGGUUUUUCAAUAGAAAAAAGAAAGAAGACUUACCUAAAAUGUCUUCCUCUCCAACCCUAAACAGGGAGGAUACACCCCCACCCACUUUUACAUUUACUCGGGUAAAAAAGAGUAAAGAAGAGCCUCCUUCAUACAUUCCUGACAGUCCUGAGCAACCACGAGAAUACGGAACUAUUGACACUGAAAACAAUUAUGAAAACGAAACACAGGGUAGAAAACAAUUUGAAACUACAUAUGAUUUCGAUAAAUUAAGUCCAGAAUAUAUGGACGAGGACAUAGAAUCUUCCAAUUUAAAGGAACCACGAAACUCCACAUCUAUACCUGACAUGUCAUCAACCAAACAAGAAUACACACAUAUUAACGAAAUUAACAACGACGAAUUUUUCGUUCGACCGAGAGGAAUAUCACGCGAAAAUAUCCAAGUUAGGGAGUACUUGAGUGACGAAAUACGACAAGCAUUUAAUAUUCCACAAAACGUCCUCGCUUCUAUGGGAAGUAGUUCUGAGAUACAUGACGACCAUAUGUAUGCCAAUGAAACCGAAGUAGAUCCAGAGUUAUUGAUGGACGAAAAUGAUGCUAUCCGGUAUUCGACAGAAGAUGUCAAUGACAGGGAUGACGGUUACUAUACGUUCCCACCCGUUAGACCGUCUAGAGCAAAACGAAAGAAGAAAGAAACUGAAUCGAUCAAAUAUAUCGACGACAGUGUUAACGCGAGUAUGCAGUUUAGUGAUGUCGAUUUGGGACUACCGGAAGACCAAAUAGAAGAACAGCCUUUGAAUGUUAAUAUUUCCGAUGAGAAUGAAGGAAUAACGAAUCAUCGACCAGAGUUUACUCCAUCAACCGAUCUACAUUCAAUUCAUGAGUAUGCUAAUGAUGAUAUAAUUGAAUAUCCUGAUAAAAUGCCGGUGCUAUCACAAACAUUACCAAUGCCACCAAAAAGGAAAAAAAAGUUCGGCAAAAAGGAUCUUAAACAUUCUUCGUUGAAUGACUUUAAGAGUAUAACGCCGACCCAGUUAUGGGCGGAACGCCAGGAUGAAGCAGAGGAUAUAAUCGUUUAUCGAACAGAACACGAGUACAUCGUACCACAAGCUGAGACAACAACAGAACAAAGCCCAGUCCCUCCCAGAAGAAACCGUUCAAGAAGCUCUCGCGGUACUUCUCUAUGCGACGAUGACCGUACGUCACAUGGCGCCGAGUCUCUUACCAUGGAUACUCAUUUACCAACAGCUUAUAUAAUGGACAACGAAAAACAGACAAGACAAGAAAGCCCCGGAUACGCAACUGUAGACAAAAGCUCAUAUGCACCACACAAAGAUGUCAGACGGUCUAAAAGUAAAACACCACCAGUUCGGCGUCGUAAAAGCAAUAGUUCUGAAAGAAAGUAUUACACAGUGGGACCUAGUAAAGACCCAGUUCCCAACCGUCCACCGCGGAAAAAAUCCUCAACUAGCUUAAUGACAUUAGAUAGCUUCACAAAGCGAUCCGUCAGUGGAGACAUAACGCAAUAUGUAGAAAUUGAAGAACCACAAUUCGAAGAAGUUCACAAGGAUUUAAUAUCUGGAGAAGUAGUUAAAAAAAUGAAAGAUAGACCACUUCCCCCACCACCCAGACCACCCAGAGGUCCCAAGAGAAAAAAAAAGUUUGGUGAAAAAUCCUUAGAUUUAAUAUCGACUGAACUUACUUCACCUUCGGAGACCUUCCUUCGGCAUACAACUGACUCAAUGAGAUCAGAGGAUGUAAUAGAAAUAGAAGUGUCAACUCAAACAGAUCCACUACCGGAUGAUGUUGACUUUGAAUUUUGUCUGGAUGAAAAUCUUGAUAUAUCAAUGUCCAGUUCCUUAAGGGACAUUAUUGAUGAAGAAUCUAUGGUUGGGAGAGGAAGAAGAAAGAUUUCAGAGAGCUCUCGAAUCUCUCACAUUGCUUCGCGAUCUGAGAAAUCUCUAAAACUUUCAGAUCCUAAGAUAUCUGAAAUUUCGAAAACAAACAUUGACCGUUCAUCACCUACGGUAAUUUUGGUUGAAAAACGAGUAUCUAGUCCAACCAAAAUUAAUGAACAUGAAGAAAUGUUAACUGAAGCCUCCUUAACUGUAAAACAUAUUGAUAUAGACGAAUCAAAAGUACCAGAAGUGCCUCCACUUCCAAAAUCAAAAGGGAUACCCGCCAGUACGAGCCCUUCAAAAGUAAUUUCAUCUAGUGAAGAACGAACUCUUCAAACAAUAUCUGAAGGAUCUAAGGAAGUACAGUUAGAUAAUCUAGUCACACAACGGCUUCAGGUGAGAGAUUUAGAUGUUGGCAGACUGAAUGUUUCUGAACUACAAGCAAGUAAGAUUUUAGUAUCUGAUAUUGAAGGAAUGACGUUGCAAGUGAGUGAAUUGGAUUCAAAAUCAGGGCAUAUAUCCGUAAGUGGUAUUGAAUUUUCUCAAUCGGUCAUUGACGAAAUUGUUAAAAAGUUUUCUGAGAUAUCUACAAUCAAUGUCCCAGUGAUAUCUCUUACCGAAGAUGUUGGUGAUGUACCAAGACCAGUUAGUAGAGAGGAACAUACUCAAACAGAAGAAGUGCAGGCUGCAGUCGCUAAAAGUGGGUUAAAUAUUGAGCCCGUUAUGAUAACAACAGACUGUCAAACUGAAGCAUCUCCACCGCCACAAAAACCCACGACUGGUGAUGAUUCUGUUAUACCACCUCAAAGACCACCUCCGCCUGACUUAAGCCCACUCUUGUAUUCAUACUUACAGGAUAUAGCAUUACCAUCGACAAGUCUGUAUCCUCGUUCUUUCCGUGAAAGACCGAUUAUAGAUUACGCUGAAUCUCACUAUCAAUCUCCUCCACCACCAACACGAAGAGUAAAAAGGAAGCCUGCUGCCCCUCAGGCUAGUGAAUCUAGUUCAGAAGAAAAUAGACCACGACCUUCACCAAGGCGAAUACCACCGCCAGUCAAGCCUCAUGAACCCUCAGUUACCGAAACAGGAGCACAGUUUCUACGGGCUUGUCAUAAUUCAAUUACUAGGACCAUAAGAAAUAUUUUCAAUGUAUUUAUGUCUUACAUUCACGGCCACGAGAAUAAAAAAGACGUGCAAAUGGCGUUGGUUAUAUUUCUGGUUUUGAUAGCUGGUUUGAUUAUGUUUGGUCUCAGCGACAGCCGAACGGUUCAUCAUCAUCACUGGGAAUUCUUCAAUCCACCUGAUGGUAAUCAAUGA